AUGAAUAGCCAACAACUGCUGUCAGAACCACACGAAACGCGUGGGAAUGAGUAUUCGGAUCCAGCGUUCACAGUAAAACGUCGAAGAGAUCGCACCAAUGAGACCGCUCAACAAAAAUAUGAGCGUCAGUUCAAAGGAAGACAAAGAGCCUUUCUCCGAAGAAUGGACGAAACGCAAGAGCAACGUGAAAAUAGACUAGAAAGAGAACGAAUGAGGAUGAGACUAAAACGAGCGCACGAGACGAACGAAGAAAAAAUUAAACGUCGAAAGGAGAACAUGGAGCGUGUGAGGUUAAAACGAGCACUGGAAACAGACGAAGAACGAGAAAAUCGUCGAAGGCGAGAACUGGAGAGAAGGAAAAUUCUGAGACGACUGGAAACGCAACGAUCAAAAAUGGCUGGUGCCGGCUGCAACAUAGAGAUGGAAACGGAAGUGAUCGUGCUGGAUUCGGAUGACGAGGACAGUCCAACUAAUGCUCCAGUGAAUGGCUCAGCUCUUGCAUCAAUUGCUAUUGUAAAUUCAAAGCCACUAGAUUUGGACGCUUUGGGAAUCGGUCCUAUAAGGUCCGGAGAAGGUGUCUUAAACAACAAUCAGAAUACUCGAUACUGUUCGCCUCGUCCUAUGGAAACAAGAGUACAAAAUCUGUUACCAGCGAAUAGGAUCAAGUCGAAUACUAAUGUACCAUAUACGCAAACGAUUACACCUAUAUCGACGGGUCCUCAGCGUCCAAGAUUAGCCUACGAGAAGACUCGAUCUCAGCCUCUUUGUGAAGACUCUGGGAUCAACGCCAUCUCACUACUCGGCAGUACUCCUUCUCCUCGCCCUAUUCAGCCUCGUCCUUCGGCACAAAUACAAUCACACAAAACUCAAAACAAUUCACCUUCAAUUCGUUCGGUUCCACGUCUUGUGCCAGAAUCGCGAGUCCAGAACUAUAAUUUUGAAGUAAGCGGAGAAAAAUCGACCGAAUCAGAUCGUCAUCUAUGCCCGUCUCUCAAGUUCAAAUGUCAAUAUCCAAGCUGUCGUCGUGUUAUAAGCGGGAACGUCUCGUUUGUGUGUCAUCUUUGGGCGCAUAUAGCAGCAUGGAAGGAAUACGAUCCGAAGUCACCCAGUUUUCCUUCAUUAGCCGAAAGUAGCGCUCCUGGUGUGGGAUCCUCUAAAAGGAAUGAUGUUGACAUUUUGUCUACUUGCCCUUGUUGCACCGCAAGGUUUCAUACCCCUUAUUUGAUGCAGGUGCAUUUCACACGCUGUCAUUCAAGGCAACCUCAAGCAGUGAAUCGUGCGACUUGCGCAAUUUGCGAGAGGGAUGUUCGCUCAGAUGUUGGUACUGCGAGUGCUCUUCGAACCCAUCUUCUGGCUCACGAACCAAAUGAUGCGCCGUAUCAUUGUAAACGUUGUCGGUACAGAUGCACUGUGCGCAUGCAUCUUUUCGAUCACUUUGUCAGAGAGCAUAAAAACACGAGUACUCUCAUGUGCCCCUUUUGCACUUUCACACUUGUUGUACCAUCUUACCAACGAAAGCGACCUGUGAUCCGUGCAUCAGAAUUUGUCUACCAUAUGAUAAGUCACGAAGCAGAAGCUCGUUUGGGUUGCGACCAUUGUGCUUUGUCGUUCUCAACUCUCUCGGAAAAGCAGAAACACCGAAAGGAGCACACUGCAGUUAAUCCGAAAUGGACAUUAACCUACAGGAAUCCAGAAACUCGCUCUAGACAGCGUAGUAGGUUGGUGUGUCCAGAGCAGAAGCCUAUGUACCAAUGCUCAAAAUGUGCGUGCUCUUCUGAUACCGGAACAAGCCAUAAGAAAUGCAUAGCUUGUGUCACACUUGCUUUCAAUGAGAGUUUAUAUGGGAAACGACGAGCUGCGACAGACACCUCACUUCGUCGUGGAAUCGAUUCCCUACAAUGCAGUAUCCGUGGUAUGCGAUUCCGCUGUAUAUGUGGUCUAAGCACGAGGAACGGCAAUCGUAUGGCCCUACAUUACUACUACUGUCAGAAAGAUUUCGAUAUUGUUGAGACAGAUGAUGAAUUAGCUGAUCAGACUGAAGCUGACGAGGCAGAGGACAAACAUGAAGCACAGUUAUUUUCUGUACUCCAUAAAGUGGAACCUGUUGUGAAAGUUCGAGAGAAAUUCGUUGAGCGAAAGCGAAAGUUUGUUGAACCUCCAUUGUUGAUUUUCGAACAACAAAUGAACAGCAUGAGUAAAGCAGAAGACAUGAACAAUGCUGUAGUCUUCUUCAAAAAGUGCUCUACCAAUCUCCCUCGAACGAGCUUUGAGGAAUUCAGAGACCUGCGAUCUUCCUAUGAUUUCUGCUAG